GGAAACCGGGGUCACAUGACCAUGGACCCGCCUCGGUAUGGUCACGUGACGAGGGUUGCUCGCUUUCAGUAUGGCGGUGUGUAUCGCUGUCAUCGCUAAGGAGAACUAUCCUCUGUACAUCCGAAGCGUCCCUACGGAAGAUGAGCUGAGGUUCCAUUACACGGUACACACCUCGCUGGACGUGGUGGAGGACAAGAUCUCGUCCGUGAGCAAAGCGCUGGUCGAUCAGAGAGAACUCUACCUAGGUCUUCUGUACCCCACUGAAGACUACAAAGUGUAUGGUUAUGUCACAAAUUCCAAGGUGAAGUUUGUCAUUGUAGUGGACUCAUCGAACACAGCCCUCAGAGACAAUGAGAUCCGCAGUAUGUUCCGGAAGUUACACAACUCUUACACUGAUGUGAUGUGUAACCCAUUCUAUAAUCCCGGUGACCCCAUACAGUCCAAGGCCUUUGAUAACAUGGUUUCCACGAUGAUGGUACAGGUUAGCUGAUGCCUUCAAGUCCCCAUCUUCAAUGUUCUGCUUUGUACAUAAAAUUGAACCUUGUAACAGUUUGUUUAGUGAUGUUAAUUACUUGUCCUGUAUAGAAAAAAAUAAAUUACUUCUCCAAUGUCUUAGUCUG